UGGUGAAGGACAGAGAAGCUUGGCAUGCUGCAGUCCAUGGGGUCGCAAAGAGUCAGACACGACUGAGCAACUGAACAGAUACGUAUCUUUCUGAGUAGACAUUAAAACCCAUGAGUUGAUACUGAUUUCUCCAAUUCCAGUCCUACACCACAAGUUGGUUCAUUCUAGACUUAUCCCUUUCCUUAUCUGUAACUUCUUUCUCUAACAGUAAGAAACUGGCUCUCAAUAUCUGUGAUCUGUUUGCUAAUUUGUUCGGUCCUAGCAUACAGUGCUAGUGGUAAAGAAUCCGCCUGCAAUGCAGGAAUGCAAGAGACACAGGUUUGAUUCCUGGGUAGGGCAUAUCCCCUGGAGAAGGAAACAGCAACCCACUCCAGCAUUGUUGCUUGGGAAAUUCCAUGGACAAAGCAGUGGGCUACAGUCUGUGGGGUCGUACAGAGUCAAACAUGACUGAGCAUAUACACACCCAACAUACACAUGAAGGAGUUUCAGGAUUUAUAACCCACAUCUCUAUAAGAAGCAAGUUUAGUAACUAGAACGCAGUAUUCAUAUAUGGUUCUUUUUGUCUUUAGCCUUACAGUAUGCAGUGGAAGUACUGUUUUCCAGUUACUCAAGUUAGUUUCUGUAUUCCCAUUCCUUACAGUGUGGUUCUACUAAUCAUUUAAUAGUACAGUUAAGGUAAUUUGUUGUUUGGUUGUUUGGUUCCUACUUUUUCCCCCCGCUCCUCCCCAGAUCCUGGUUGAUUUAUUUCAUUUAAAUUUCUUUUUAAUUUAUUUAUGUAUUUGGCUGCACAGAGUCUUAGUUGCAGCAUGUGGGAUCUAGUUCCCUGACCAUGGGUCAGACCUAGGCCCCCUGCACUGGGAGCGCAGUCUUAGCCACUGGACCAGCAGGGAAGUCCUCUAUUUAUUUCAUUUGGGAUAUGUAAAAUAUUGCUAUGGUUCCAAGAGUUGAAGCCAUAUAUGAAGGUCUCCUCAGAGAAGAGCUACUCCUCCUUACCCCCCAUCUCAUUCCGUUACCCCUUCCAUCUCACCCCAGUCUCCUUGGUUUCUGGUAUAUCCUUCCUGUAUUGGAAAUGAAAUUUUUACAAAUUAGUUCAAAGGAGAGAUUCUGCCUUAUGAAGAGACAUGAGGAGGAGACUGGUGACACAGAAGGGAGGUGAAGCCUCAGAGGACCGUAGGAAGGGGGAGAGGGAGGGGUGACCCAGGACCAAAGCAGUGGGGCCAGCCCAGUACCACAGGCCUUGGUGUUUCUCAUAUGUCCACCUAUGGGACUAAGUCUUCAAAACGUGGGCCUGGAAUAUUCCAGAACACAAAGUUAGCAGUGUGGAGUGUUGCCAGAGCCUGGAGGCCCAUACUUCCCUCUCUAGGAGAUGUAGACUCCACAAUUCUGCUGUUUUCCACUAAAUCCCUCAAGAAAAGAACCUUUCUUCCUGGCCGCAUGUAGGGCUGCAUCAGGAAACCAGGCCGACCCUGCCCAGGACGGGAGGCGCCUCCUGUCUUGCAUCGCGGGGUCAUGUCAUCAGGAAAAUAGGUGGUUUUCCUCUGCCCUCCAGCACCUGCUCCCCACACCCUGAGCCAUCAGACCUCACUGGCCUCACUGGCCUGCUCAGGUCCCCGGUGAGGACUCAUCCUUACUGGCUCAGAAGAGGAACUUGGAGGUGGAGGCAGGCCCUGUUGUUGAGUGUUUCAACACUCCCCCACUGAGGGUGAAAGAGGGGGGCAAUUCCCAUUCCUGGCAGCAGCUGGAAUUUCACAACUUGACCUCCUGGUAGUAAGGUGGCAGGGCUGGGGGCUGGGGGGUUGGUAGGGGGAUGCCAAGGGAAGCCAGGCCUUGCCCACCAAGCCUUUGAGAAAAGUCAUCAUCCUAGUGAGGGAGAGGUACCCCCUCUUCCCCUUUCAUCUCUGCCCCAAAGCCACUGGAGUUCUGCUGACAAGUCACCAAAGGCGGCUGAUGACUGACUCAUCAGACGGAAGUGAGCUUGCCAGAGGGCUGGGCUGUGAACCGCAGUGUGCUGGGCUAACCCGCCUUUGCAGCCAGGAUCCCCGGCCAGGCUCCCAUCCCUCAGCUCCCAGGACCCAGCACCUCAGGGAGGUCCUGCCUCUGUGAAGAGCCAGGUCAAGCUCAAGAUGGCCUCAGGGUACCAGGGAGACUGCCUAGUUCCUCAAGGAUAAGGUCUUGAUUGUCUCUGAAUGAGCAGCCGAAGACACGGAGGCCUGGAGAUGGGAAAGUUGCUUGGGGCCCAGAGACAGGGAGAAGCCUGGCCCUGUGGCACUGGACGGGGUGCUGGGGAGCAGCCUUCAGCGUCCGUGCGUCCACUGUCAGCAGCCCAGGACACUGCUCUGAGGAUGGGGCAGCGGCAGACAUGAUGUCGGCUGAGGAUGUGUGUUUGCGUCCUGCCUCUGCGUCAGACAUGCUGGGACAUCGGAGGGCACUCAUUCCUGCCUCCUGACACAGCCAGCUUGUCUGUUGCAGCAGGGAUUGGAUGGAGGGACCUUUAAACUUAGUUCACUGGUAUGGCUCAGUGAUAAAGAAUCCACCUGCCAAUGCAGGAGACACAGGUUUGAUCCCAGAUCAGGAAGAUCCCCUGGAGGAGGGAAUGGCAAUCCACUCCAGUAUUUUUGCCUAGAGAAUCCCAUAGACAGAGAAGCCUGGCAGGCUACAGUCCAUGGGGUCACAAAGAGUCAGACAUGACUGAGAGAAGGGAAAAGGAACACACCAGGUUCUGCCUUUUCUCUGAGCGAGAGAACACCUGGGCCCUUUGAGCCAUCGUGGUCAUCACUCAGUCUGACUGAGGUUGUUGCUUCUGGGGGCCCUGGUCCUCUUCCUGGAGGAGGCAGGGCUGCUGUGGGCAGCUAAUAUAGACACGUGUGGUGGGAAUGGAGGUCUCCUAAAGCAAGAUCAUGUUAGUUAACUGAGUCUACACUCGCUGCGGUAGUAACAAAAAAUGUUAUUUUUCUCCCAGCAACUGUAUCUGACUGGGCCAAGGAGCAGUCAGAGCCAAACUGUCUGGGUUGCCACCCCUAGCUGUGUGACCUUAGGCAAGUUGUUUAACCUCUCUGUGCUACAGAGUGCCCACGCUCCCUCUGGCUUCCCCCCAAAGUGUCCAGUCUUCAGCCUCUUACUGCUUUGUUUCCCUUACCAGGCUGGAGGCCCUCCAGGUGAAGAAUCAACAAAAUAGCUCCAGUCCAGCUUUUCAUCCUAGUAUCCUAGAUUGAACCCGUGUCUCUUGCGUCUCCCGCAUUGGCAGGCGAUGACUCAGGAUGCAGCAAGGGGCCACGACAUGCACGGAGGACCGCAUCCAGCACGCCCUGGAGCGCUGCUUGCAUGGGCUCAGCCUCAGCCGCCGCUCCACCUCCUGGUCAGCUGGGUUGUGUCUGAACUGCUGGAGCCUGCAGGAGCUGGUGAGCAGGGACCCGGGCCACUUCCUUAUCCUCCUGGAGCAGAUCCUGCAGAAGACCCGAGAGGUCCAAGAGAAGGGCACCUAUGACCUCCUGGCCCCCCUGGCCCUGCUGUUCUACUCCACUGUCCUCUGUACGCCACACUUCCCGCCAGACUCAGACCUCCUUCUGAAAGCAUCCAGAACCUACCACCGAUUCCUGACCUGGCCCGUUCCUUACUGUAGCAUCUGCCAGGAACUGCUCACCUUCAUCGAUGCUGAACUGAAGGCCCCAGGAAUCUCCUACCAGCGACUGGUGAGGGCCGAGCAGGGCCUGUCCACUAGGAGUCACCGCAGCUCCACUGUCACUGUGCUCUUGCUGAACCCGGUGGAGGUGCAGGCCGAGUUCCUCGCCGUGGCCAACCAGCUGAGCACGCCCGGGCCCUCGCCGCACAGCACCUACACCACCCUGCUCCUGCACGCCUUCCAGGCCACCUUUGGGCCCCACUGCGACCUGCCGGGUUUGCACUGCAGGCUGCAGUCCAAGACCCUGGCCGAGCUUGAGGACAUCUUCACAGAGACGGCGGAGGCCCAGGAACUGGCAUCCGGCAUCGGGGAUGCUGCCGAGGCCCGCCAGUGGCUCAGGACCAAGCUGCAGGCGGUGGGAGAGAAAGCCGGCUUCCCUGGUGUCCUAGACACCGCCAAACCCGGCAAGCUGCGCACCAUCCCCAUGCCCGUGGCCAGGUGCUACACCUACAGCUGGAACCAGGACAGCUUCGACAUCCUGCAGGAAAUCCUGCUGAAGGAACAGGAGCUGCUCCAACCGGGCAUCCUGGGGGACGACGAGGAUGAGGACGGAGAGGAGGAGGACGAGGACGAGGACGAGGAGGAGGAGGAGGAUUUGGACAGCGACAGGCACUGUGCCGAGAGGGACUCUCUACUCUCCACCAGCUCCGCGGCCUCCCGCGACUCCACCCUGUCCCUUGCCUCAUCCCAGGCCUCAGGACCCACCCUCCACCGCCAGCUGCUGACCUCCUUCGUGUCGGGCCUGUCAGACGGCAUGGACAGUGGCUACGUGGAGGACAGUGAGGAGAGCUCCUUCGAGAGGCCCAAGAGGCCUGGCACCCAGGAACGCCGGGGCCACCGCAGGUCCGGACAGAAGUUCAACAGGAUCUAUAAACUCUUCAAGAGCACCAGCCAGCUCGUGCUGCGAAGGGACUCCCGGGCCCUGGAGGGCGGCCCAGAGGGCGCCCUGCCCCUGCGGCGGGCCGGCAGCCUCUGCAGCCCCGUCAGCCCCCUGGACGGCCCGCGGCCCACCUCCCGAGCCCAGCGCUCACGCUCCCUGCCCCAGGCAAAACUCAGCCCCCCGCUGCCCAGCUGGCUCCUGGCCCCCGCCUCCCGCCACCAGCGCCGCCGCCCCUUCCUGAGCGGGGACGAGGACCCCAAGGCCUCCACGCUUCGAGUCGUGGUCUUCGGCUCCGAUCGGAUCUCGGGGAAGGUGGCCCGGGCGUACAGCAAACUGCGGCGGCUGGAGAGCAACCGUCCGCUCCUCACGAGGUUCUUCAAGCUCCAGUUCUUCUACGUGCCCGUGAAGCGGAGCCAAGGAGCUGGUGGCUGCACCAGCCCAGCUUCUCCAUGCCAGACGUCCCCCCUCCCCGCAGACUCCCCGAGGCACCCCAGCCCUGCGGAGCUGGGCGCAGCCCCCUGGGGGGAGAGCACCAACGACAUCUCCCACUACCUCGGCAUGCUCGACCCCUGGUAUGAGCGCAACGUGCUGGGCCUCAUGCACCUGCCCCCCGAAGUCCUGUGCCAGCAGUCUCUGAAGGCCGAGUCCCGGCCCCUGGAAGGCUCCCCUGCCCAGCUGCCCAUCCUGGCCGACAUGCUGCUCUAUUACUGCCGCUUCGCUGCCCGCCCGGUGCUGCUACAGGUCUAUCAGACCGAGCUGACCUUCAUCACCGGGGAGAAGACGACAGAGAUCUUCAUCCACUCCCUGGAGCUGGGUCACUCUGCUGCCAUGCGUGCCAUCAAGGCUUCAGGUCCUGGCAGCAAGCGGCUGGGCAUCGACGGUGACCGGGAGGCCGUCCCGCUAACACUACAGAUUAUCUACAGCAAGGGGGCCAUCAGUGGACGCAGUCGCUGGAGCAACAUGGAGAAGGUCUGCACCUCCGUCAACCUCAGCAAGGCCUGCCGGCAGCAGGAGGAGUUAGACUUGAGCACAGAGGCCCUGACGCUAAACCUGACAGAAGUGGUGAAAAGGCAGAACCCUAAAUCUAAGAAGGGCUUCAACCAGAUUACCACGUCGCAGGUCAAAGUGGACAAGGUGCAGAUCAUCGGCUCUAACAGCUGCCCCUUUGCUGUGUGCCUGGACCAGGACGAGCGGAAGAUCCUGCAGAGUGUGGUUAGGUGUGAGGUCUCGCCCUGCUACAAGCCCGAGAAGAGCAACCUCUGCCCCCAGCCCCAGAGGCCCUCCUACCCACCGGCACAGGGGCAGACCACGCCCGACCUCUGCUCCCUGCUCUGUCUGCCCAUCAUGACCUUCAGCGGAGCUCUGCCUUAGCUGUGCAGCACCAGCCUGGACAGGAAGCCCGGGGGCAGCCUUCUUGGGGCCGCCUUUUCCUGGGAGGGCCUGUCUCCUGGUGGACAGCUGAAUGGCCCUUUGCUGGGUCAGGGUCCCCACCGUGGGCUCUGCAGCAGACAGGGGGUUAAUGGUGCCUCAGGGCUCUGUUUGGGAAAAAAAACAACCAGGCAUUAGGGGGAGGGACCUGGCCUCACAGCCCCUCAGAUUCCUCAGUUAGAGAGGAGAGGGAUGGGUGAGCCGACCUGUGGAGGCCCUGCCCUCUAGAUGGUCUAGGAUCCUCUCUAGAAGGAAGAUCCGAGGCUCUGGUGCUCUUGGGGGUGGAGGGGUUAGGGCUCCCCUCUCGACCCUUGGCCAGGCCCUCCCCUUACUUUGUCAGAGACUUGUGGGGUGGGGGCAGUCCCCCUACCUGGGGUUCAGGUAGUAGAAACAUGGGUGUUAUUUUUCUGACCCCAGUGCCGCCCCCUACCCCCUUCUCCAUCUGUCUUUCUCUCUCACACACACACUUUCUCUCUCUCAAAUUCCCUGGGUCUUCUAAAAAACAGCGUCAACACCUGUUUACUGUCAGGACUCAGAGCAGACUCUUUCUGGAGCCCCUUCCUGGAUCGAGAUUCUUGGAGGAGACAGGACAAGCCUAGAUUCAGUGGCAGCUCAGUGACCUGCUGGCUAAAUGGCCAGAAGGAAGUGAAUUAGCGUCUUCAACCUCUCUUUGUUGAGCGCUAAAGGGGGUGACAAGGCCUCCUUAAAGGGUUGAGACAAGACUGCAGAGCUCCUGGCCCAGCAACCCUCUCAGGUGCUCAGGAAAGGUCAGCGGCCUCACCCCCUGAGCGCUGAGGCCCCGGUCUGGUGGCGGAGGGGAGGGAAGGCUCUUCAUUGCCUCUUUUCCAAUUUUCUGCUGAGGCAGGACCCAGAUGAGAGGGGAAGGGACACUUAGCCCUACACUCUGAAGGAGGAAUUGCCUUGGUCUGGGUAAGGAGAGGGUCCACAGCUGCCCCAGCCUUCACCUCUGCCUCUCCCAGGCUGGCCCGCCUGACCCUGCCUCCCAACUCAGUCCAUCACGUGUGGAAUCUUCCAGCCCCAAAGUUCACAGGCACCAUUGUGCCUGGGCAAGUUCCCAGAGGAGCAGAGGGUGGAGAGCUGACCUCAAGGAGCUUAGAGCCUGACUGGGGGCAAAUGGCUGAUAGAACACAAGAGCCAAAAAUUUGUAACCGCCAGAUGGCACUGGUUUGAGAAUCUGGACGCUGAUGUGUGGGCUGGGGUGGUCGGGUGGAAGGCUGGGCUGGGGCUCCGGGUUUGGACUGGGAGAGGUGGGGAAGUAACCACGGACGCAGACAGUUAAAUCGGCACAGAACCCCUCCCGCUCCUGAUUCAUCUGUGCCAACAGCUCUGGGCUCAUAGGAGCCCAUGAAGCCCCAGCCCAGCAUACUCAGGACCUGAGAGGAGUGGACAGAGCGGCUCCAUCUCCCCCUGCCACGUAUUACCAUCCCUCCCCUGUCCAGGCCAUCUGUCCUUGCUCCAGGCCCCCGACAGUGGUUGGCAAUACACCUUCAAUAUUUUUUGUCAUGUGAGUUGGUUGUCCGAUGACAUGAUUGACAGUUAUUCAAGAAUAAAUGAGUGGAAUUUAAUAUUAUUGUCAAAUAAAAUUUGGUUUCUCUUGGA